AUUUUCUUGUCUUUUGCCUCCGAUAACAAGGCUGCCGUCAACUUUCUACAAGUUAGACGCCCGCUCUCAAGAGGUACGGUUCACAGUCUCUAAGGGAACGGAACUUGGCCAGACACGGACCUCAUUCUUACCGUCUGCAGAGCUGGGUCGUGAGUCGAUGGAGCGCUCUCUUAUCUCUUGAAACCCCCGCUACCGGCAUACGAUCAACUUUGCCGACGACAUACUGCUGGGAAGCCUCGAGCGGGAUAGCGGAGCGAUUUUCUCCUUAUCCUCCUUGGUUUUGAUCUGGGUCUAAAAUGUCUGCUGCGAGCAUGGAUGAAGGUAAUUCUACCUCUUUCCAGCCCUGCCCUACAGAUCCCCAAGGUCUUUAUGCCCUUGAGGGUCUUCCGUCUCCCCCAUCAAUCUCUCAUCUGCAUGUGAAUGAUCUGGGGCUUACACCUUCCCCUGGGUCCCAGCUGCAGCACUCCAACAUCGGCCCACAUGAAGAGCGUCCUCUGUCCGCCGGAGUUGUAAAUACUACACCAGCACUCCAUGAUGCGCGAAACUGUACGGAACAGCUCGAUACCCUGAAGAGCCACAUAGGUGAUGAGCAUCACACCAAAGUCGAAUUUACAUCAGAAGAACAAAGUUCUAUCCGCUCCCAGACAGAGGAUUCUCAAGAGUCGUCGACCGAAGCUGCAUCUCGUUCCCCACAAUUCGAUAUACACCGAUCGGGAUCCGACGAGUCCAACAGCACUACUGAGGACUUAUACGACCCUCUCUUUGACGACGACUUUGACCUCCAGGAAUUCGACGUGGUUUUACCUUCCCGGAAGAGGGACGGCGACGAGGCGUUUUCUGAAGAAUGUGCUUCCUGGGAUUUACCAAGCAAGAGGAAAGUCACUGAGUUCACACAAGAUCUGACGACAGUGUCGCCGGACAACACACCCUCAUUAACAUCACUUGAUUCUAUUCAGCCUGAUCAAGCGGGCACCGGACCUCAUACGCCAGCAGAUAUCGAAAAGCAGCACUCGCCGGGUGCUUUCUUCGAUCCCAUAGAUAUCCUGCUUCAAGAUCCUACAUGCGACCUUACUUUGAACAUUCCAGACGGCGAAAUCCCGUUCAGCUUUGAUUUCUCAGACGCGGACAAUGGACAGGGGCGGAAGGAGGACAUCCGAACGAGUCAUAUAUCUGACGAGACUCUCAACCUAGCCGAGCAUGCUGACUCGAAUCUCCUUGAUAACACCUCCCGCGAGGUCCUGCAGCGGGUUUACGUCGAACCAGAGUAUGCCUCGCCAUAUCCGCCUCACGGAGGGCCCUUGGGAUACCUUCCAUCAGCCCAAGGACUCCACGUCAGGUGCAUGGAAGUGUCCGAUGAUCGGAUCAACUUUCGUCUUUCGAGCCUGCGGGCGAGGGUCCAACAGCUGACCCAAGAACGCAACAAGUACAAACAAGAGUUGGCACAGAUGUCGGACCUGACCGCUGUGGACCCGGCGACGGGUAAGACGAAGAAGCAGUUACUCCUGGAGCAGAAUGCGAUGCUGCGACGGGUGUGUUCCCGGCACCAAAAGCGGGUUGAAGAAUACAAGCAAGAGGCGACCGAGUGGAAGAACAAGCUUCACAAUCUUAGCGUGACCCACAACUGCCUCUUGUAUGAGAUCCAGACCCAGAACCAAGUACCUCGAGUGAAUCCAAUGCCCCCGGGAUACAAACCUCCCCGGGUUCGUCAGGUCAACCUCGAGGGAACCCCCGUGCAUUCUCCAGCACCAAGUACAUCUGCGGGCGGCUCUUUCGUGUCUGAAGCUCGAGCGGAACCACUGACGAUCGACCUGACCGACGGGACGGGCGAUGAUGCGCCCGCCGAGACCCCCGAGGAAUCUCAACGACGCACGGAGAUGCUCCAGUCCCUGCGGAGUAAAAGAUACCGGUGGCUGGCCGAUGGGGAAGCGGAGGUCGGCAAUGCGGCCUGGCGCAUGGCCCAGGGUUCCCCAAGAGCCGGUGGUGGUGGGCCUCAGGAUUCCGGGCGGAGCCGGGACCACCGACCAGCGAACACCCCACGCGAGAUUGCGUCAGAGCAAUGACGCCGACUGGGGGAGCCAGAGUUGAGGUCAGGCAAGCUGACGUAUUUGAAAAUAUCUUGAUACCCUUGUUUAUCUUUUCUCGAUCAAUCAUAACUGCGGGGCGGCGUUGAGGAUGGUGUCAUCCAUCGAUGAACCGAUUGCAUUUUUAGAGUCUAACAAGCUUUCCUGCAUGGUACCAAC